UACCUGAAGGAUUGCCUCCAAUAUACAACUGUCGAAACCCUAAGAUUCUCCUCAAUGGUUCUUCCCAAGGAGCUCCUGCCAAAAGAAAGAACUGUAGGUUUUUGUAGUCUGAGCUUGCUAACGGAAGACGUCACUGCACACAGGAAGCCAAAUAUGUGAUAAAACUGUUAUUUUCCUCUGAACAGCAAUUACAUUUCAUCAAUCUGACCAUAAACAGAGCCUCACACUGCUGUAUCUGCAGAACACUUUCUUUCACAGUACCUCCAGGAAAGCAGAGUUCUUCACAAGUAUGGUCCCUCAUAACAUGACAUGGAUGAAGUACCCAAGCCAGAGUCAACAUCCAUUCAUAAAUGUUAGAGACAUCAUCUCUUCACAACACAUAAUAUCAAGAUUAAUGCAUGGCUAUAUUGCACUUUUGGUACCAACUGGUUUACUAGCUGGGAUAAUUAUCUUGGGCACCUUCCUUAAGAACUGCAAGCAACGCACUUUGGACAAAUUAGACACAAUGAUUGUUGCUCUUACCUGCAGCAACAUCUUAAUAAUUUUUUUAUCACUCACCAUCAGCACAAGGCCUUCCUAUCUCAAAGUAUCCUAUCUGGAGUGUGGAGCACUAUCAUUUUUUUUCAACUGGGGUUACUUCAAUUCUCAGUACCUUCUUGUCCUCAUGAUGCUAAGCUUUCUCCUCAAGGGUUACCCACCCCAGAAUGCUGUUAUUAGUCGGGUACACCAAAAGCCUAUGGUAUGUGUUGGCGUUGUACUAACAUGUGCUUUUUGCGCUGCAACGACAGUGGUGGCAUUGCUGGGCAUAGUGAAUUACCACGAAGAAACAGACUGCCAAUUAGAUCCUUUAUUUGCAUGGCCUGAAUAUGAGAUUAUUAAAUUUACCCUUGGCUUCUGUAUUCCAUCUGUGGCCAAUCUUCUCUGCUUUAUUCUGUCAUUUGUUAAAAAAGGCCAGUCAGAGAGCUCCAUCACAAGACAAACUAUCCAUCCUUAUUGGACUGUUUUGGUGAUCGCUGUAACGAUGUUUGCGUCGCGUUUAUUUUACAAUGUCAUGAUUCUGGCCAGGACCAACCUGAAAAUUCAGGGAAGCAUAGGGACACCACAAAAUGAGCUGAAUAUGAACAUUGCAGAGAUAAUGUUGUUCAGUGAAAGCUGCAUUAGUUUAGGAAUCGUACUUGGGCUCCAUAAACCAUGCAGGACCGGCUUACUUCAUUGUAUAACCAACCUCACUAAAGUUUGUAGGAGGAGAGAUGCUAGCAAUAGAACUCCUGAAAUACAAGGAAGCCAUACUGAAGUCUCAUUUGCACAACCUAACAAUGGAUCUCACUGACUUUUACAUCCCAAAACAAAAGAAGAGCUACACAUCUGCUAAUAUAUAGACCUGAAGGAAUGACAGUCUUCAAGAUUCUUUUUUUUCCAACAGCUACUGAAGAAAAAACAUGAUCCGUUGCAGACUGACAACUACCAAUCAUGAUCAUUACAAGCUUUGCAAGUGCUACUAUUACAUGUUGAUCUUUGGCUUUUGUGCUGAUAUACGGACAGUGGAGUGAUCAAUCCUAUGGGCUAAUUGGUCAAGAGCUUUUAGAAGAAAAACCUUUGCCUCCAUUUUAUUUCCAUAAAUUAGUGCUUUUGAGUUUACCAAUGAGAACAUCUGCUCCCAGGAUCAAGAAGUAUGUUGCGGCGACAGGAGAAUGCUUGAAAGAAAGAAGGGAAAUCUUGAAAUGGUAGCAUAUCACCUGGAGAAUUAAGACAUUAUUCUACAAGUGAAUGUUAUACUGAGAGAAGUUUUAAAAGUAUAACAUUAUCAGCAAUCACAGUCCCUCAAAUUUUUGACCUCCCAUAUCUGUAUGGGAUGCUGGUCACCUGCAGAUAGGGAAGGAAGAGUUUUUAUUCCUCUCUAUUGUCCAACUACCCCAGGUGGGAGCCAAGAAAAUUCAGCCUGCUAGAAACUGUGGGUACUUCUAAAAGCUGUCCAGUGUGUGACAAUACUUUACAUAACAACAAAAGGACAUGCCAUUUCUUGAAUCAGAGGUCUUUCUGGGCACCUAGCACCCUGAAAGGAUUGAAACUAAAACCAUACAGCUGCAAAAAGAUACUGCUAUUUGCUGAAACAAUAUAGUACAUCCAGAAAGCUCAGCUUAGAGUUCACUGAAGAAGGAAAGGGAUUGGACAAAUAUACUGUUCUUCAAUGCUAAACAGUUGUUCUGGGCUUGAGACAAGGUAAUCCUUUGGGUGAAGGCAGGUUUAAAUACACAGGGCCAACUUUUGUCAAAGUCCCAGUGUUAACUGGGACCAUUCACCUAGAACAGGGCGGGGAGCUAUUGAAGACAGUAAGGUAUAUUAAGGGAGUACGUGUCCUUCUGUGAUUCAGUUGCCUUAAAAUGGUACUGAAGAGAAAUUUGGAAUUGUGUCAGUAGACAGGGCAAGAAAAAACAAACGGCAAUAUGGAUAGCAGCUCUUUGAUUAACUAUGCAAGGGAGUUUCAUAAUAGAAAACAGAAGUGAAUGGAAAAGGAAGCGUGGACGAUCUAUUAAAGUACUACACCCCUGCCUGAACGGAGAGCUCUCUGUGCUGAUCCAAGAGCAAAGUUAAGAUGAAGGUAAUCUAGACAUUCAGCAGAACUAAAAACGGAGCUCCCACAAAGGGGUUUCUAAAGGCAGCAUCUUCUUUAUACACAGGCUGCCACCUCUUUCCCUGUCCAGUCUCCACGCUCCCCAACAUAUUCUCUCAUGAAUAACACACCUCAGUGAACACUCUAAGUCAGCUGGCACUGUUGUGUUCAGACUCUUGACUAUACACACUUUGGAAACUACAUGAAGAAAUCAUGUAUUUCUCACAAGAAAGAAAGAAAAUACCAGGCUGAAACUCUUGAAUUCCCAACACACACACCAGUCUCUCUCCCUGCAAACCUUCUUCGACUCCCACCUCUGAUACAAAUUUUGCUUAACCUCUUAGGCUUCAUACCCAAUUGAAAUUAAACCCAAGUGCACUUAACUGCAUUUUCCCACAUCCAUCCGUUUUACCCUUGCCUCUCCCUUUCCUCCCCUUCAUUUGCCAUCUCCACACUGGCAAUAUGUAGAUGGUGAACCCAGAAGGGCAGGGAAAUGCUUCUUUUUUAGCUAAUGUGACUUGUUAAAGUGUCAUAUGCAGUUGAAAGCAUCAUGUAUAUCCUAGCAUUUUGAUUAAUAGUAAUAGUCUAGUGUGUCGUUAAGAAAGCGAGGAAUGAGAAGUCAGCUCCCAAGACAUAUUAUUGGCCUGACAAAAGGGAAUACUUCACGAACCACAGGAGGCAGCACUGACGCACUGGUGCUUCCUACAGGGAUGGUCCUGUGCAGCAGGGCUGGACAACGUGUGGUCCCCAAAACUGUCUCGGGCCACAGGCUGUUCCAGCUGGGGCCUCCCACGUUGUUGUCCACAGCCCGGCAACUGGGAGGUCACAGGUUGCCCACCCAUGAGACCCAGAUGCCUCGGCCACCACCAAAGAGGACGGCUUCUGCGGAGAAGCGAGCACAUGUUGCUAGAAGGCAGCUCAGAGGACUUUAACGGAUGGAGUUGGCUCAAUGGGAAAAUACUAUCACACUGCAUUCAGACAUACUGCCCAUCAUUCUGAUGGAGGCGUGGUGCCCAGAGAGGGUCAGAUAAAGUAAGACUUGUUGGACAGGCCUUGCGUGUUACUGGCGGCUUGGGAGGAGAGGGAAGUGAAAGACACACUGUAGCACCAGGCAAUAUAUACGCCAGGAAUGGCUAAGUCCACCUACUCCCAGGGGCUGAGAGUCGGUUUUGCCUUCGCUGCAGCAGGCAGUGGAAGCGUAACACUUCUGCUGACGAGGCGAAAAUCGAGAUUAUACACAGGGCCCAUAUGAGGAGGGCAAAGUUUCUCCCCUUCCCACCUGGUGAUCCCCAGCCACUGAGAAUCAAGCUUGUUCAUAUUCACAUAGCCCUGCUUCUUCGCAUGCCUAGCCCAGUUCUGUGCUCUAUUUCUUGGUCGUACUAGGAUGUGACAGACGCCAAGAAUGGAUUUUUUAUGUGUAUAUAGGUUAUUUUAAUAUGAUAUGAUCAGUGAGAAGUUACAGCCAUUUUUCAUUUACCUAAAUGUGACUCCAACUCAUCGUAUGAAUAAAAGUUUCUAAAACCA